AUGGAAGAGGGAUUUCCCCGCUCAUUGGCCAACGAUCUGGAGGUGGCGGUGGAGGUGGAUGCUCAUGGCGGAUGGCAGGUGGUCUAUCCCAAAGGGAUCUGCCAGCUGCCCGAAGCCUGCGCUAGCUUUCGGAUUCGCCUGCGGGAGAUCCCGGCGGUUGCCUUCACUGUGGAGAAAGUGGGAGGGCCCCAAGAGUGGAAGGUCUCUGACAUGGAGCAGGAGUUCCUUGCAGCUGCACGGACCUGGCUGGAAGAGGAGAGGAGGGCCAUCGAGAAGGAGGAGGAACAGGGAAGAAGAAGGAGGCAGCUGCAGCAGAAGAAGUUUGAUUGGCUCUUCUUGCGGCAGACGCCUGUGAUCAUGGCCCGUGUCUAUAGGGUGGAGAGGCUUGCAUGGUAUUUGCCCUUGCUGGUGCCUUUUUAUGGGGGAAUGGUUGCGAUCAACUACAGCGUAGUCCCGUACAGCACUGUGGAGGAGUCCGACUGGACUCUUUCGCUUGUUGUGAUGGUCGGCAUGGGCGUGUGUUUCUUCUGCAUCCCUUGGGUCGUUCCGCAGAUCAUCAGAAGCGAUCGCUGUUUGGUUGCGACUUCCGUUUUCUCCGGCCUCCUCGUCUUCCUCGUGGCCAUGCCAUUGGAGCUGCUGCGCCUUGUCUACCCUGUGGCCUUAGCGCCUUUUGUUGGCCUACUGAUACAGGGAAUGAGCACCGAUAUGCCAGCCGAGCUCGAGGCUCAGACGGCGGAGAUCUCGAGCCGCACAAAGGAGCAGACCAUCGUCUUCGAGGGCACUGUGAGCCCAGAGCGCGGCAAAGCCUGCGUGGUUUCCUGGCCCGGAAAAUACGCCACGGCGUGGGAUCAUUUGGUUGAGAGCGCUCGCGGGGGGCAGACGAGUGCAGCGGUGGUGUUCUUACCCGAAGGCACUCCGCACUACGGGCAGCACGUGCGCAUACCCGGGAGCGAGAGGCUGGAGGGAGAGUGCUGGUGCACCCCACUCUACGGUGAGAAGAGAGACUGGGGUUGCCUCUGGUGGGCUCUCUGGAUGGAGAAUGUGGAGAGAGCCGUCCGCUAUGGAGCGGAGCUCCACGUCUACUUCUUUGAGGGCGCCCGCGGCAAGGGGAAAGUUGCGAGCUUCGUCUCUGCCGGCGCAGAAUAUCUGAAACGGGAAGCCCUCUGGGAGGAGUUUCAGAAUUCCGAGACGUUGAAGGAUGCAAAGGCUGCAGGGCUCGAGAACCUCUGCGACAAGAAGCGGUAUGACUCAUCUUCCCAGUACAGCCGAGAGGAGCAUCGCCUGUUCUUGGAGUGGCUUUCUUUUGAAGAUAGGAAGCUUUUAGAGGAGGGCCUGGGGAACUCGCAGAAGGCCGAGGUAGCCUGGCUCGAGAGCAAGGGCUACAGAUACACAGAGGUGGACAUCGCAAGCUGGCUAAGGCCGGCUGCGAGAUCACAUUUCACCUCUGGGCCUCUGCCAGCAAUGGUCAGCCCGUCGCAGAGGGCCCCGAAACCCACCUUCUCCGUCGACACGACGAGCAUGCAGGACGUGCUCGAAAACUUGUCCACGCUGAAGACGAGCCUUUCGCAUCCGAACCUCGCCUCGCCAGACUUGAAGUGGGACACCGAGAUGAGGUUGAAGCAGCUGCUGGUCAAAGCUCACCCUCAGUGUCCCGGCCUUCGAAGUGCUGGUUCUGCCGGAAACUGGAAGAUUUCGCGGGUGAGCGGCAAGUGCACAGAGGAGCGCCUCGCCAACGCCAAGCCCACGGUGAACGCUCCGAAGAGCAUCGCCCAGGUCUCGCAGCUGAAGCUCCCUGACCUGAUCUCGGAGAAUGCCACGAACGGCAUGCUUUUGGUCGUGAUUUGCUUGGCGGCCUACGCCAAGGAGCAGAGCAACUACGCCCGGCUUUUGGUGGAGAAGGCGCAUGCCGCCCUUUGGCAGAAGUUCUGCUCGACGGGGAGUAGUGCUCUGCCCGUGAAGCUCGUUGCGGUGGAGCUUACAGAAGCCGGCUCUUUUGGGGACCAGUACGGCGUGAAGGAGGUUCCCUACUGCCUGAUGUACAUGGGCGGCAAGCAGGUUUAUGGCAAGAGGCUCCAUGGCACGCGGAUGGCGCCCCGAGCCGCGGCGGCCGCCAAGCCGAAGGUGCUUCUUGUGGAGCCCAAUCCUGGGAAUCAGCUGAAGCUGGAAAGGAACUUACGGCGGAAUGGCUACGGAUCAGAUCUGGCCAUGGACGGCAUGCAGGCUAGCCGGCUCGCUCAGCGGCCCGAGGGCUAUGGGAUCUUGCUCAUCUCCUCGCUGACGCCUGCGGAUCAGCUCCGCUCCGUCUCCCACGCGAUACGAAGCCGGCAAAGAGCCGCCGUCAUUUUGGCCUUCGACUCCACUCUGCUGAGCGAGGAGGAGGCCGAGGAGCGAAAGCAGUUCCUGCAGGAGUGCUCCUACGUUUUCCCGUAUGGGCCCAGCUACACGGGCCUGGCUGCCGUUCUCGCCCGCUUCGACGUGACGCACGCAGAGAAGGGCUUGGCGUGCGUGCCGUGCACCACCCACAAGCAGGAUUUCCUGGAUGAUGUGCUGGGAAUGUUGGAGAAGGGAGGAGGAGGCCGGGCUGUCGGAGACACCGCGACCUCCUAG